AUGCAUCGCUUUUUUGCAGAGCUGGAGCCAUCUCUAUCCGUCACUGAGCAAAACCUGGCAGACCGAGUUCGGUACAUCCUGCGCUCCAACAUAUUUGGUGACGCCGAACUCGAACGACUACGACGUGAGGCUGUUCCCUCAUCGGAUGGAAAUGCUACGGCUGGGAAUGCGGCGCCACUAAUUGCGCAGCAAACUGCAAAUGUGGACGCUGCCGUCAAUAUUCCAUUUGUAGUUGAUUCAGACGAUGAUGGAAUAGUCCCCCACGAACUAGAGAAAAUGAGGAGCAUAUUGGAAGAGUCGAUGCUGGAAACGCGCAGCAUGCCUCUCGAAAAUCGACCGCGACUUCCCCCGCAUACCCCUUAG